CUCCUAACCCCCAAUCAUAUACCCUGAGCUUCUUCUCCUGGGCAGUCAUUAGCAGCAGUGGGGCAGGAGGCACAGGUUUGCAUCACGGAUGCUGCUGCAGAGCUUGCUGGGCAAUACCCCCUGUUUGCUGCAUACCUGAGGAGGGAUCCUAGCAUAUCUACAUUAUCUCUCUCCUUCAUCUCCAUUUUCAACUCUUGCCUUUAUUUAGAUUUUUUUUCUGUUGUUGUUUUAUCAAGUUUGUGGCUUUUGUUACUUUGUGGCGUCGAAACAUUGUAAGGCAGAAGCGCUUUUCUUAUUUCUGUGGUUUGUUUAUGCUGCCCGUUUGGAGCUAAAGUGAAAACCGGGACGUGGAAAGUGAAGAAAGGAGAUUAGAGGAAAAUAGAUGAAGCCAGUGAAAGCAUAGUAGAAGGUGGGCUGUGACCGUGGGAGCCGACCCUGCUGCGUACCGAGAGGUGCAGUGGAGGAGGAGGAGGAGGAGGCGGCGAGGGGCUGAGAGAGGAGGAGGAGGAGGGUAAGCCAGGCUUCCUCCCCAGGCUCAGGUUAGGAGUUGCCCUACGCCCGCGCUCUCUGGGUUCUCGGCGCUGUAUCUGCUCCUGCCUGUCCCUGCGCUGCUGCGCGACCCCCAGCACCCCGACCCUGCACCACCAAAGGAGGAAACCCGGGGGAGGAGGAGGCGGCGGCAUGGCUUCCACUACUACCUGCACCAGGUUCACCGACGAGUACCAGCUGUUCGAGGAGCUUGGAAAAGGAGCAUUUUCUGUGGUGAGACGGUGCUUGAAGAUUACCUCAGGACAAGAGUAUGCUGCCAAAAUUAUCAAUACCAAAAAGCUUUCUGCAAGGGAUCAUCAGAAAUUGGAACGUGAAGCAAGAAUCUGCCGUCUUUUGAAGCAUCCCAACAUUGUUCGACUUCAUGACAGUAUAUCAGAAGAGGGAUUCCAUUACUUAGUCUUCGACUUAGUCACUGGUGGAGAACUUUUUGAAGAUAUUGUAGCAAGAGAAUACUAUAGUGAAGCAGACGCCAGUCAUUGUAUUCAACAGAUUCUAGAAAGUGUAAAUCAUUGUCAUCUUAAUGGCAUAGUACACAGAGACCUAAAGCCUGAAAACUUGCUUUUAGCAAGCAAGUCUAAGGGGGCCGCAGUGAAACUAGCAGAUUUUGGGCUGGCAAUUGAAGUUCAAGGUGAUCAACAAGCAUGGUUUGGUUUUGCGGGCACACCUGGUUAUCUCUCACCAGAGGUGCUACGGAAAGACCCAUACGGCAAACCAGUGGAUAUGUGGGCAUGUGGAGUCAUUCUCUACAUUCUUCUGGUGGGAUACCCACCUUUCUGGGAUGAGGACCAGCACAGGCUGUAUCAGCAGAUAAAGGCUGGUGCGUAUGAUUUUCCGUCACCGGAGUGGGAUACAGUGACACCUGAAGCCAAGGACCUGAUAAACAAAAUGCUGACAAUUAAUCCAGCCAAACGAAUUACUGCUGCCGAAGCUCUGAAACAUCCUUGGAUCUGUCAACGCUCUACCGUAGCCUCGAUGAUGCACAGACAGGAGACUGUAGAUUGCUUGAAGAAAUUUAACGCAAGAAGGAAGUUAAAGGGAGCUAUACUGACUACCAUGCUGGCGACCAGAAACUUCUCAGCAGCAAGAAGUUUAUUGAAGAAACCUGAUGGUGUCAAGAUAAGCAACAAAACCAACGUAAUAACAAGCCCUAAAGAUCCCACCCCGCCUUUGGAGCCCCAAUCUACAGUUAUCCACAACCCUGCUGAUGGAAAUAAGGAAUCCACUGAGAGCUCAAAUACUACAAUUGAAGAUGAAGACAUUAAAGCCACCAAGUGCACAGAAAACACAAAUUCAAAGAGUCAUUCGCAUGAAUCUGAGUCCAUCCAGUCCACGUCUUCAGCUGUGCAGUCACGCAAGCAGGAAAUCAUUAAAGUCACAGAGCAGCUGAUUGAAGCUAUAAACAAUGGAGAGUUUGAAGCAUAUACGAAGAUUUGUGACCCAGGCCUUACAUCAUUUGAACCUGAAGCACUUGGAAACCUGGUGGAAGGAAUGGAUUUCCAUCGAUUUUACUUUGAGAAUGCUUUAUCAAAGGGCAACAAGCCAAUCCACACCAUCAUCCUGAACCCUCAUGUUCAUUUGAUUGGGGAGGAUGCCGCCUGCAUAGCUUACAUUCGUCUCACCCAGUACAUGGAUAGCACCGGAAUGCCAAAAACGAUGCAGUCAGAAGAGACGAGGGUGUGGCACCGCCGUGAUGGAAAGUGGCAGAAUGUACAUUUCCACCGUUCUGGCUCACCAACCAUACCCAACUAGCCCAGCAAACCUUUUAUUCUGAACACUCAAGACAACUGGAUGGUAACCCCUAGACAAACCGCAUUCCUCCAUCAUCCUCUGAUCACAAACCGCCAAUAAAACACAAGAAGUCUCCAUCUGUAAUCCUUUUGUGUAGUGAUAUAUUUUUUUUCACCUUUCACAUUUUCUUGUGGUUUCAAACAUUGGUCAGAAAUGAUUUUUCAUGAAUGCCGAAGUAAAGUUUCUUCUCCUUCUGUUCUACUUUAUUAUAUAACAAAAAGCCAAGCUGCAGACACAGGUUAAUCAAGUAAACAAAUAUAUUUGUAUGUGCUUCUUUAUUAUUUGUUUUUGGUCUGGGUCAAUGAGAAUUAAGAGUUAAUUAACUUAGAAUUAACCACUGACAUGUUUCAAAAUUGAUUGUGCUAUGAAGAAUAACAGAAUUUUUUUUUUAAAAAAACCUAGCAAAUUGCUAUUCAAUAUCUGAAUAUUCCUGCAGGUUAAUUGGCUAUAUAGAAACAUUUGCAAGUUCUUUAUUAGUAAUAGGAAGUAAAAUGUAAUUGUGUUAUCUAAUUAAAAAAAAAAAAAAGUUAUGCAAGUGCUUUAGCUGGCUGGAUUUUUUUAUUAUUGGUUCAUUACGUCUUAUGAAAUUUUAUAUUUUCCACAAAUAAUUGUUUAAUGUGUAUGUGGUUACUAAUUAAUAGAUGUUUUUUGAUAAUUAAGGAUAAAGUACAAUUGGACAUUCAGGGUAUUUAGUCCUUUCACAAAGUAAAAUGUAUUUUUGUGUUUAGUUCAGACUUAAAUAUUGUGUACUGUAUGUUGUAUGGGCUUUAAGGGUUGAGCUUAAAAAUCUAGCUACAACUUUGUGGGAUUAUUAAUUAAUCGUAUAUAUGCAUCGCUCAAAUUUUACCAAUAACUUUCUACUGAUUUUUUUCCUUUUCGGUCUGAAAACAUAUAUUUUCAUUGGUUAAUGUACGUUAGGAAACAGCAUUGAGAAACAUCUACUAGGAAAACCACCAAUUACCUUGUAUGUUUUUAAUAGAUAUAUAAAUAUAUAUGGCACUGCAAAGGGAAUGCUUUGAUUUCUGUACAUGUUUUCUAAUGGAUUCUUAGUGAACUGGAUUUCUAUUGAUAUUAUUAUCUAGAUGUGCAUAAUGUAUUCAUACCAUCACCAAACUGGUGUGCUCCAUUACACUACUAUCACUGUUCCAUUUCAUUUCUGUAGGGAAUGAUUUAUUUAAUGGUAUGUGUGCAUGAUUGGGCAAUGCCUUGGUUUUCUGUUCACAUCUCCAAAUAAAAUCUUUAAAAUUUGUACUAUUUUACUUUUCGUCAAUAUACAAUUCUUUUCAAUUCUGUCAUUGAGUGGUGGCUUUGAGCUGAGUGUUGCUGUUAGUAUACUAAUAAAUACUCUAUUUUCUACUCUAUAUAAGCAAAUUAUAUGUCAAGCCAUUAUUACCUGCCAAUAAAAUCUGUGAACAUUGAAUUUAAGAACAUUGUUUUAUGUACAAAUCUAGUGCUAGUGGCUCCAUUCAUAGUAUUUAGUAUAGUAAUAUAACGUUAUGGUACAUCAUAGGUAUAUAUAUAUGAUUUUUAUUUUUUUCCGUUUUAGAGAUAGCAUGGGUUUCUAACAUAGUACUGUAGACUAAACCUGUCUUCCACACAGCCAUGUAAAGAAAGCAUUGUUAAAUACUUCUGCGCCAUGGUGAAUUUAUUUUAUCGUCUUUUGGAAUGUUGUAAUAUACGAAUGGACACAGUGUAUAUACUUCUUGCCAUUAAACGAGUCAUAUAACAAAAAAAAAUCAAUAAAUGUGUGUUCUUCAUUGC